AUGCUACAAAAGCACUAUACUCACGUGCCUAUAGAAUUCCUUGCAUUAUUUGAUCCAUUGUUGGAAGAACAUAUCAAAAAAUUCGGCAACAAAGGAUCUGGCAGUACGAGCUACUUAUCAAAAACCAUCUACGAAGAAUUCGUACAACUUUUGGCGGAUAAACUAUCAUCCAUCAUAGUUGAAGAGAUUGUCGUAGUCAGUCAUACGAUAACGCGAACAAUGUAUCAGGAAUUUAUACAGGUCAUUCAUUUAGUGAAUUUGAUUGAGGUCCACGCAGUAGAAAGUACUCCUGGAGCAGCUCUAUUUUUCAAUACAGUCCAAGCAUUGUACAAUUUUUUUACUGCAUCUACACACCACUGGGAAAUUCUACAAAUUCAUGCUGGAACAAAAAUUGCUUUGAAAUCUUUGUCUGUCACAAGGUGGUCAGCUAGUCAGGAAGCAGUUGAGGUACUUCAUAAACACUAUGACGAAAUCAUUGAAACUUUAAUCAUCAUUGAAGAAGUUAUCAUUGAGAAUGCGAUCACAAGGCAAGAAAAAGUUGAAAUCAACAUAGCAGACGUGAUUGAUGACUAUCAUGGACAGAUCAAAGUGGUCGCUGCUACACGAAUGGAAUUUGAAGUUUACCAUAAUGAAGCAUUAGAAAUAUCAGAAAGUCAGGAAUAUCAGACAACUGUAUCCAGAAGAAGAAGACCAAAGUUACAGGCUGAUGAAUCACGAGAUGGAGAAGCUGAAUUGUCGGGUAGAGAUAAUUUUCGAGUGAACACUUUCAACGCCAUUCUUGACAACCUCGAAUCUGAAUUGCGGAAAAGAUGCCAACCAUAUGAAAGGAUCCACGAAAAAUUUUCGGUUAUCACUGAAUUCGGAAAUCUCGAUUCCAAUGAAAUUCGGAUAAGGUCGGAACAUUUGAGAAAAAUUUAUCACUCAGACCUCGAGUCUUCAUUGGAUUUCAAAUUAGUGGACUUUCACGCAUAUUGCUCUCAGAAAAAUUUUCAACGUAAUUCACCAUCCGACAGUUUAAAACUCUUACGGACAAACGAAUUGAACACUGAAUUCCCAAACGUAGCGAUUGCGUUUCGAAUAUUUAUUACACUAGCUGCGACGAAUUGUAGUGCGGAACGAUAA